UUACUGCUGCAUUUCAAGCAGAGUCUACCAGUCAGCCAUGUUUUGGUGCUGAAAAAAUGUCAGCUUUCAAAACGAUAGAAAGUCAGCAGUCUAACUAUGAAUCAAAUCAGUGGCCAAACAAGUACUGUGAAGAGAAGGCAGAUGCAGAAUGGACCACCAACUCUGUGGAGAAAUCUGUUAGUUUUUUGGACGACAUCUUCAAUCGUAAGAGUUCUCCUCAUUUCUGCAUGGACUUUGAACCGUCUGAAGGAUUAUCAAGAGAAAGCAAGCAUUUGUUUGCUCCAUCUCAUACAAAACACUAUGAAGAUAAACUCAGAGUGCCUCAGCAAUUGGAUGACCAUUUCAUCAGGCCAAGAAAAGAGCCAGCAAGGUUUGACUCCUUCAGAAACAGCUUUAUGAAUCUCCCUGAUGCCACAACAGUGAGGGAGAGGAGCAGUAGAUUUCAUCACAGUGACAAUAUCCAGCCCCUCAGUCCUUACCAUGUUCAUCUACCAGACAGACGUUCAUCUGAGCCAAUACCAUUUCUACAGGAGCAACGCUCGAUUGAAGCUUCAGACAGUUUCCCUUUUGGUCAUUCCUUUUCUAACCAAAUGACCCAUCCUCAGCAGAGCGGCCCCUUCCAGUCUUUCAGUCGGUUCAGCGCCUCUUCAGCUUACUCCACCCUUAGAAUCCACCAAAAUGAUUUAACACAUUACCCUCCCUCCCACAUGCUUGACAGAGAUUCAGCAUCAACCAUUUCUUUUUUUUCAAGUCCCGAACACUGGUCCUUCCCUCCUAUGAGACUGUAUUAAUGUGUGCUGAUCUGCAAAAAGACAUUCUUCUACAUGAUUCUUUUGAAGUACUUUUUCUGAAGAGCAGUGCCUUUUUAAUUUAUGCCAUCAAGUUGUGUUCACAGUAAAACUGUAACAUUUACAUCU